AUGGCGAGAACGAGAAGCAUAGGAUCCAAGUCGGAUGGCACCCAUGUGUUGGCCGGGGCAGCAAAUGAGAAGGAGGUUGAGGGGAGCACCACUGGGGCAGACAGCCCGGGUGAGGUUGCGGAUGCGGACGAGCAGCCCGUGGAAUACAUCACGGGGUUUAAACUCCUGGCCGUUAUGAGCAGCGUGACGCUCACAGCUUUCCUGAUGAUGCUUGACAUCUCCAUCAUAAGUACCGCGGUUCCACGUAUCACCAGUGAUUUCCACUCGCUCCCCGACGUUGGGUGGUAUACGGCUGCGUAUCAGUUGGCCAGUGCUUCGCUACAACCACUGACGGGCAAGUUGUACACGCACUUCAGGGUCAAGUGGACAUAUCUCGUGUUUCUCUUCAUGUUCGAAGCAGGAUCCCUGAUAUGCGGACUGGCGAAGUCGUCGUCCAUGCUCAUCGGCGGCAGGGCGAUCGCCGGAAUAGGGGGCUCUGGACUCAUGAAUGGCGCCAUGACGAUCAUCGCAGGAGCACUUCCUCUGCAUCAACGAGCCCUUGCGCAACUCGGCAUCGUGUGCGGCCCUCUCGUAGGCGGUGCCUUGACCGAAUAUGCAACAUGGCGAUGGUGCUUCUACAUCAACCUUCCCGUCGGUGGCCUCGUAGCGUUUCUAAUGACCUUCACCUCGUUUCCCGAACUGACCAAGAAGCCACCGUUCACCCUUGCCCACGUCCGCUCGACGAUCCCCGAGCUGGACCUGGCUGGGUUCGCGCUCUUCGCGCCCGCGGCUGUCAUGUUCCUGCUGGCCCUGCAGUUCGGCGGCAACACCUACGCCUGGAGCAGCUCCGUGGUGAUCGGGCUGUUCUGCGGGGCGGGGGCCCUGGCCGUCAUCUUCGUCCUGUGGGAGAGGCGGAGAGGCGACCGGGCCAUGCUCCCGGGCCCCAUCAUCCGGCAACGCAUCGUGCUGAGCAGCGCGGUCAACGGCAUGGCCCUGAUGGCGACGAUAUUCGUGGCCUCACAGUUCAUGCCCAUCUACUUCCAAGGUGUCAGGGGCGAAACGCCCACGAUGAGCGGUGUAGACUUGCUUCCGAGCAUUCUGAGCCAGCUGCUCACGGUCGUUGUGUCAGGGGCUAUUGUAUCCAAAGUGGGAUACUAUCUGCCCUUUGCCGUCGCCAGCGGAACCGUCAGUGCGAUCGGCAACGGUCUCUUGUCGAUGUAUUCACCGACGACGGAGACCCCCAAGUGGAUUGGGUACCAGAUCCUGACGGGAGCUGGGCGAGGCCUCGGGAUGCAAUUGGGCCUCAUCGCGGUCCAAAACGCACUACUGCCGCAGCAGAUCCCGGUGGGCAUCGCGUUCAUGAUCUUCUGCCAAAACUUCUCUGGCGCCGUGUUUGUGGUGGUGGGCACCGUGAUCUUCACGCAGAGCCUAACGUCUGAGCUCGCCGUACAUGCACCUUCGGUUCCACCAGAAGCAGCUCAUGCAGCCGGAGCCAGCGCGAGCGCGGUGCGUGCUCUUGUACCCCCCGGAAGCUCUGAAUUAGAUGGUGUCCUGCUGGCAUUCUCCAAUAGUGUUGACAAGGUCUUCUAUUUGCUGAUUGCCACUUCGCUCGUGGGAUUUGUUUCGGCAUGGGGGAUGGGAUGGGUCGAUACCAGAAAGAAGAAGGCACCCGAAAAGGGUGAGCCUUGA